UUCAGAUUGUGAAAUUGGUGAAAGCACUGCUGAAGCUGAGUGGGGGAGGGGAGAAGAGGCCGCAUGGGGGAGGGUAGAGCACGUUGCUGUGUGGGGGAGGUGAGGACAUUUUGGCAGCUUCACUCACUUCACUGUGCAGAGAGACUGAGUGACAGAACGAAUUCAGAUAAUGGAAAGACAGAAUCAAGAAAAUGAGCAGGUAUCAGAAAAAAGAGGCAGGAAGCGAUCAAGAGAGCAUCAUAGCCCUGGACAGGCAGAGAGAAGUGAAGAAGAUGACCAGAGUCUUGGUCAUACUGAUCUUUCAGACAGUGAAUAUGUGCCUUCCACAUCCUCUGACAGUGAAGACUGCAGUGCUGAUGAAGCUCAGAUAAAAACUAGUUUUAAACAAAAAUUUCAUGGGUUUGAAGGCAAUACUGGUGACCUGGAAAAUGCAAGAGACUGUGGAGAUGAUGAUAAGGAAGAGGUCAUUCCAAAAAUUACAGUGAAGACAUGUGAGAAGGGAAAGCAAAGAAAGUGGGACAAAAAGCAUUACUGUAUUUACUGCAAAAAGCCUCAGAGUAAAAUUUCACGUCACUUAGAGCGAAAGCAUUAUAAGGAGGAAGAUGUGGCUAAGGCAAUAUGCCAACCCAAAAAUUCUAAGAAGCGUCGUCUGUUUUUGGAUCAGCUCCGCUGUAAAGGUGAUUACAUUCACAAUACCACUGUCUUGGGAUCAGGAAAAGGGGUAUUGGUAACUUAUAGACAACCAUCAGAAGAGAUUAGUCCACAUGAAUUUUUGCCCUGCAACUAUUGUUAUGGUUUCUUCAAAAAACAAGAGCUCUGGAAGCACGAGGUUUCCUGCAAAAAGCGAAUGUGUCUCCCACAGGAAGGAUUCAGGAAGAAAAAAAGGGUGCAAGCAGCAGCUUCCUGUCUUCUUCCAAUACAGGGAAAUACAACAGAGAGAUGUUGUAAAAUUAUUGGUAGGAUGUUGCAUGAUGAAAUAUCUCUUCAAGUAAAAUCAGAUUCACUUAUUUGUGAGUAUGGUGACAGAUUGUUGGAGAAGCAUGGGAGCGAUCCAUCCAAAGAUGGUUAUGUUAGUCAGAAAAUGAGGGAGUUGGGGAGAUUUGUGAUUGCUGCAAAGACAUUAGAUGCAAAGGUGAAAAACCUUCAGGAUAUCUUGAUUCCGCCAAUGUUCCAGUUGGCUGUGGAUGCAGCUAAAAAGGCAUCUGGCUUCGCUAAAUCAAAAUUCCGCUAUGAUCGACCAUCUCUUGCUGUAAAACUAGGACACUCUCUAAAGACAGUUGGUGAUAUCUUGAUUGGCCGUUUUGUCAAAGCAGAAGAUGAGGUAGCUGCAAACAGGGUGAGGAGCUUCCUAGGGUUAGUGAGCACAGAAUGGAACCACUAUGUCUCACAACGUGCAAGGACAAAUCUGGAAGAAAAUAAGUGGAACAAAAAGGAAAUGAUCCCUCUCACUGAAGACGUAAUACUUCUUCAAAAAUACUUGAAGUCCAUUGAAGAAAGUGCACAUGAGAAACUGAUAGAAGGUCCUGAUACCAAAGCAUUCAUCAUGCUAAGUGAAAGCAUACUAUCACAAAUUAUUCUGUUUAAUCGGAGACGGCAAGGUGAGGCAGCUAAAAUGCUACUUGAGACAUAUGAGAAGAAAAACACAGAGGCCCUAAAUGAUGAUGUUAUGCAGUGCCUCUCAAAAUUGGAACGUGACCUAAGUAAUGAUUUCACAAGAAUUGUGAUAAGAGGGAAAAGAGGGCGAAAAGUUCCAGUGCUGCUUACUGGAGAUAUGAAAAAAGCUCUGGAUUUUCUCAUUGAGCACAGGACGCAGGAAAAUGGCAUUCUUUACACCAAUAAGUAUGUCUUUGCAAAAGCAAAAUCAGAUAGUCAUAUCAGAGGCUCAGACUGUCUGAGAAAAUUUGCAAAUCUGUGUAAUGCGAAACAUCCUGAGACCCUCACCUCCACUCAACUGAGAAAGCACAUAGCAACUCUUUGUCAAAUAAUGAACCUGAAGGAUAACGAGUUGGAUCAGGUGGCAAAAUUCAUGGGACAUGACAUCCGCGUUCAUAGGGAAUACUAUCGCUUAACCGAAAACACAAUACAGCUGGCAAAAAUGAGCAAACUGCUUAUGGCCAUAGAAUGUGGAACAGCUGUAUACAAAGGAAAAUCUCUCGAUGAGAUUGACCUUGAACUAGAGGUUGCUUUGUCUAAUAAACUCAAGGAAGGGUGCACUUCAGAGGGGACGUCUUCUAGACAAGAGCAUGAUGAACUGUGCAGAACCCAGAAAGAAAGACCUGAGCCAGACGAGCCUUAUGAUUCCAACUCAGAUGAAGGCCCUGACUCACACAUAAAGACCAAAAACAAGAGAUCAUCAAAGACUAAGAGAAAUGAAUUGUGCAGAACACAGAAAGAAAGACCUGAGCCAGACGAGCCUUAUGAUUCCAACUCAGAUGACGGCCCUGACUCACACAUAAAGACCAAAAACAAGAGAUCAUCAAAGACUAAGAGAAAUGGUAAGAUUGUUUGA